AUGCGUAAACCGCGAUCGUUGAUGCCUAGCCUGGGGCUUGGCAAUAGUAGGGAAAAUGUUGCAACCCUAGAUCAGCAACAACAAGAACAACCGCAGCAACAACAGCCAUCGGACCCAGCGGAGGACCCUUGUUAUCAUCAAAUAACCCCCAAUCCUAAAAGGAAGUCAAGACUGAAGUCUUCACUUACACCUCGACAUAGAACUAGUUCUUUUCCACUGCAGAAUCAGCAACAACAACCACAACCAAUCUUGCGAGGUCAGGGCCAACAAACGCCGCGCAUGCCUCAACGUCAGCAACACCAACAUCAACACCAACAGCUCGACUACUUCACAAAUGAACAAUUUUCGAGGUCAUUCAACAGCUUGAUCUUGGAAGAUGAAGCCAACAGCAAUCAUCAUGAACUCAAUUCCAAAAAAACCAUCAACAAGUCACCACCCUUCAAUUUGAAAAAUAACAUAGCAAGAAAUGACUCUAUCGGUUCAUUUCUCGAUAACAGCAAUAACCGUGAAGAUGAUGAAGACGAGGAAGGAGAUGAAAACUCCAUUGACACAAAUGAUCUUGAUAGCAUCGACGAGGAAGAACUGAAUCCACAAGUUACACCGAAAGAUCACAUGUUGAGCUCCAAUAGCUCGACUCUAUUCAACCAAUCUCGACAUAGACAGCGACCUUCGCUCGAUGUCGACUCGUCAAAUUCAACAAUCAAAUUGAGCAACAACAACAACAACAACAACAACCACAACAACUCACAAAGUUCAAUGAAGAGAUCUUCAAAAUUCUUUAACCUUUCAAUAGAAUCAAGUUUGCGUACUAUUGAUGGCUAUAGAAUACCCGAUGAAAUUGAUAACAUCAAUUUAAAUGAAAUUGACGUGAAGGAAAUCCUUGAUUUUUCAUCUCCAGCUCGAGAAAGCUCUAGAAAAAGUACACCUUCUACUUCAUCAAAUAUAGGCCAAUUCAAACGACCGCACAAGCUCGUUAGUCAAUCCCCUUCUCCAUCUCCUCAUAAACUACGUUCUUCACCUGCACCUAGAAAAUUGACUUCUCCAUCCAAAUUGAGUUCAUUAAGGCGGAAAAUCAAUACCAAUAACUACAUCGAUAAGGUGCCAUCACCAAGCAAAUAUGUCAAUUUAGAAGGACAACUAUUUAAGACUCGAGGGUUUGGCCAAGCUACAAAGUUAAGGAAAACUCAAACUCCUUUGGAAAGUCCAAUUUAUAAACCACUUGAAGCUCGAGCAUUGACUGUUAGCCCAAGGGCGGGCUACAAUGUUAAUGUUGUUAAUGAAGUUGGUGACGCUGAUGCUGAUGAUGAUGCCGAUGAUGAUUAUGAUGGUGCUUAUACUGCUGCUGCUGCUGCUGCUGCUGCCGAUGCCGAUGAUGACGAUGAUGAUCUAGAAAGUCCCUCUAGGAACCGAAAGCUAUUUCAUUCAAACGCAUCGUCGGUUCGAACUUACACUUGCUCCUCGGCUGCUAGUAACGAAUCAAGCUCGACCAAUGGGAAAGGGCAGCGACCACUCACAGAGUCCACUUGUCCCUCUACUACUGUUUUUGAUGACAAGGAAAAUAAAGCUUCUUACCAGUUUGUCAAGCCACUUCAAACUGCAUUUAGCUCCACCGGCUUGAUGAAAAAGAACAGCACCGCAACAAAACACACGGACAGGAAAUUGCCACCAGAAACACCAAUGAAGCGGAAUCCGCUAACUUUGCUCAAUGCAAAUAAACUCCCACACCCACAUUUUGAAUUCAACAACGUCAGCAAUCAAAUCUUGGAGGCAAAUGAAACCGAUAGAUCCAUCGAAGUUGGAAGAAACAAUUCAACUUCCAUCUCUGAUACUAGUGCCAAUAUGACUGCAUUUCAUGACAAUAGCUAUUUCAAGAUACCUCAGCAUUUAACUGAUUUGACAAAAGCCGACAAGUACCACUCAAAUGAAAUGGAAGUCAUUCUCACUUCGGACUUGGAAUUUGACGAAGGGGACAUUGUUCCUGAAACUCCAACGAAGCAGCACCUUGGCUAUUUACACCAGGUUCUUUCGGGAACACAAACACCCAUGUCACAACAUACUGGUUUAACAAGACCACCCCAUCUCAAUAUCAACUUGAUGAAGGGUAAUUUAAAUAAAAAAUUGCCAAAGAAUGGAGCGACCCCUUCAACACCAAUCGACCUGGUUUUCGACAAAGGGACGCGUUCUUCCCAACAUGCGGCUAAAGAAAUGAUGAUGGACGCCACCAUUAGUGAAAAAUAUAGUCCAGAUCUGGUGCAAAGCCGAUGGCAGCAUUCUCCUCAUCAGUUGGCUAAAAUUGAUGAACACUUGGUUGACAAAUUUGGAAUGAAGAACCUCAAGCACGUUGGUGAGGGAGAAUUUAGCAUCGUGUUUGAAUGUGUCUUUAACGAAGAGAAAUUUGCAGUAAAGCGAACAAAGAAGCCCAUUUCGGGAAAACUCGAGAGAAAGACCAUAUUGAGAGAAAUUGAGGCGCUAAGAUCUUUGAACACCAUAAAGGAUGACGAUGCAGAAAACAUGAGAGAAGAGGAAGAAGGCAAGGAGUAUUUGGUUUAUUUCAUUGAAGCAUGGGAGUUUAACAACUAUUACUAUAUAAUGACCGAGUUUUGCGAAGGAGGAACCGUGUUUGACUUUUUGGAACAAAAUAAGCAUUAUAAGAUUGACGAGUUUCGAAUUUGGAAGAUAUUGAUAGAGUUGUUGAGUGGAAUCAAAUUCAUCCAUCUGAGAAACUAUUUGCAUUUAGAUUUGAAGCCGGCAAACAUAUUCAUCACUUUUGAAGGUAAUUUGAAAAUCGGUGACUUUGGCUUGGCGACAAAGUUGCCCAUUACUGAAAAGGAUUUUGACAUUGAAGGAGAUCGAAACUACAUUGCUCCCGAGUUGAUUGAUGAGAAAAUAUACACCCCGUUUGCCGAUAUUUUUAGUCUUGGAUUGAUCAUUCUUGAGAUUGCGGCAAAUAUAAUCUUGCCCGAUAAUGGAACUCCCUGGAGGAAAUUGCGAAGUGGCGACUUGAGCGAUGCCGGCCAGUUAUCGAGUGAUAAUAUUUCAAUGUUUUUGCAGCACAAGCCGGAGACAGUCAGCUCGUCCAAUACCAAUCUCAGCUCCUCGAGCAAUUCACUUUCACUUCAUCCGCCGGCAAAGUUGAGCAUGAAGCACGACGAAAGUUCGUCCGCUUCGUCAAACAUGGCGAAAGACUUGGUUCCUUCAUGGGCCCCCGUUUUCUUGGUUGACGGCGACUUGAAAGUGUUGGAUCGACUCGUCAAUAGGAUGUUGAAGCCCAAUCCGUUUGACAGGCCCACUGCCAGCAGCAUUUUGAGCAUGGAAGAGUGUCACCUUGUUGAAUCGAGACGGAAAUGUGGUGCCACCAUCUUUGAAGGCGAAUUUGGCAGUCCCCCUGAAGAAGAAUGA